AUGCUGUACGAGCUGAUAGCUGUGGUCCGGCCGGGCAACCUCAAUCAUGUCAAAGAAAUCGCCCGCGUCGCCGGUCAACAGAUUCUGGCCUCCAGCGGUGUGAUACGCGGCAUGAAGAACUGGGGCCAGUUCGACCUCCCCCGACCGACCACGAAACAUCAAACUCAACAUCGGCAGGGCCAUUACUUCGUGAUGCAGUUUGACGCGUCGGUCAAGGCCCAGCAGGAUGUCCGGCGAUUUUUGAGUCUUGAUCCACGAAUGAUCAGGUUCAGUGUCAUUAAGAUCGGCGACAAACUGGGCGGCAUCAAUGGUGCAAUUGAAGAGGUGGACGGAGAAAUACCCUGGAACUCGGGCACCCAAGUCAGAAAUCCAUUUACGGACCCUCGAACAACAAGGACAGGACCUCUAAGAUAG